AUGACUAUUUUAUUACUACUAUUUCUUAUUUUUUCCGCAGGUACUUCCUCACCUUAUUAUUCAACAACAAAGAACAGCUCGGCAACUCGUAGCUAUUGUUCCGAAGCCGGGAGCAGGGAAUUGGACGAAAGUGAAUCAUCUGAUGAUGAAAUUCAGUACUACACCCGCCCAACGCACUCCGACAGUAGUUCACCACCUCCAUCACUGCCAUUUUCAAUUGAAAACCUAAAUCUUCUCUCAGAUGACGAUAUUGAGGUAAAUCAAGUGGUUGCUUCAACAUUUCUGGUACUACAUCAACAGUCAUCGGUGUCAUCACCAUCAAUCAACCCUUUUUCGGCAUCAAUUUUAUCGGCCAAUCCAUCAGCAACUGAGACUAGUCCUUAG